GAAGCGAUAGCGGGGCGCUCGCGCCGAGCCGAGGCGAGCUGGUCGAGCUAAAUCAGAUAAGAGCAGUUGGCUCGGUGGAAGGAUAUGGGCAAAAGGUGUUUGUGUGCUAACAGAGGUACACGCGUGAUCGCUGCGUAACACGGGAGACUUUCGAGGCAUGCCCAGGUGAGAAUGGCUCACAUCGGGGCUGUGCUUGCUGCAAUAACAGGAGUGAUGGCCAUUCUCCUGCACUCCUCCAUACACAAGAUUGAAGAAGGACACCUUGCUGUUUACUACAGAGGCGGGGCUCUGCUGACGACACCUAAUGGGCCGGGUUAUCAUAUUAUGCUCCCCUUUAUCACAACUUACCGGUCAGUACAGACAACGUUGCAGACUGAUGAGAUAAAGAAUGUGCCUUGUGGAACAAGUGGUGGAGUCAUGAUCUACUUUGACCGAAUUGAGGUGGUCAAUAUGCUGGUUCCUUCUGCAGUGGUGGACAUAGUAAGGAACUACACUGCGGACUAUGACAAGACGCUGAUCUUUAACAAGAUUCACCAUGAGCUCAACCAGUUCUGCAGUGUCCACACCCUCCAGGAGGUGUACAUCGAAUUGUUUGACAUCAUUGAUGAGAACCUGAAGAUCGCCCUACAAAAAGACCUGAAUGUCAUGGCUCCGGGUUUGACAAUUCAGGCAGUUCGUGUCACAAAACCCAAAAUCCCAGAGGCAAUCAGGAGGAAUUUUGAACUGAUGGAGGCAGAGAAGACCCGGCUUCUCAUCACAGCCCAGACACAGAAAGUGGUCGAGAAAGAGGCUGAAACAGAGAGGAAGAAGGCCAUCAUUGAGGCUGAGAAGAUGGCUCAAGUGGCUGAAAUUCAGUUUCAGCAGAAGGUCAUGGAGAAAGAAACUGAGAAGAAGAUUUCUGAGAUUGAAGAUGCUGCUUUUCUGGCCAGAGAAAAAGCCCGGGCUGAUGCAGAAUUCUACACGGCAGCAAAAUUUGCUGAAGCAAACAGGCUCAAACUGACUCCUGAGUACCUGGAGCUUAUGAAGUACCAGGCGAUUGCAGCCAACAGUAAGAUCUAUUUUGGCCAGGACAUUCCAAACAUGUUUGUGGACAACAGUGCCCCACUCGCUGGGUCUGCAGGCAAGCCAGACCCCACUGAGCUUUUGGGUGUCCUGGACAAGGGGGAGGGGACCAAGAACACCCUUCGUUCCCAAGCCAGUGCGGAGUCGGCAGCUUGAAGUGUGGAUCCCUUGUGGGUGGGUAGGGUUUGGUCUCUGUGUAUAGUGGGUGUGGCAUGCUUCUUAGUUUGUUUUCUGAGGGAGGAACGGGGUGAUUUAUCAAGGGGAGAGAGAAAUUGGGGAGUACUGAGGUGAGGAAUGGGUGAUAUGGCUGUGCGUUAAACCCUGAUGCUAAAUGAUGCCGGUGAGAUGGAAAAUCAGCAAGCUCUACUUGAAGUAGAGCUCCGAGGCGACUAUGCCGGAGUACCACUGGACCAUAUGUGUAAAAUUACUGCUAAAAAUUAACGACAAGUACAGCUUCUCUGGUGUGAAUGUUUUUAUUUUACCACAUUCUGGUUUGAUAUGCAAAUUUUGUCUUGGCGCUACCGAUUUUUACUUGUAUUCAUGCAGUUUGUAAUUUACUUGCUUUUAAAUCCAAAAGGGUUUUCCUGCAGGAUGAAGAUUUCUAACCUGUCAUUUCUGUAACUGGAAUUGUCCGGCUUCACACUAAUUAUUUGAGAGCUCAUGUGUCUGUAAUGUCAGGAGGGAUUUUCGCAGUGGAAAAUGUACACUUCUGAAACUAGUUACAAUGCCUUUACUGUGGCAUUGAUGGUAUAGUUCCAGGCACCAUCCCACUUUAAACGGUGGUGAUGUAGUUUAUUUGAAACUGAAGAUGAUCUAAGCACUUAUGUGGAGUUAUAUUAGUUUAACCUCUGCAGUGCUGAUGUGUGGCUGGAAGAAACGCUUUGAACUGUCAGGAACUUGGGCUUCAACCUUCCGUGCUCUCAAAACUGAGUGUCUGAAAAGUCGCUCUCCACUGAGGGACCUGUGGUACGCUGGGUAAGACGGCUACAUGUGACACAGUUUGCCAGAUGGUGAAAAUAUGCCGUGGGCAGUUUAUUUUGAUACAAGGUUGUCCCAGUUUAGAGUUAUUUCUUUGCUUUGAGAAGAGGAAGAUUAGCCUGCCUUUACUGCAUGAGCAGCUCUGUGUUUUGUGUGUGAGGUGGUAACUGAGGGGUCAGGAUUUGCCAGCAACUCUCUAAGGUGACCCUGUGACAAUGCUUGAUGAUGAACGGAAUCGGCGUUCAUCUAACGAAUGCUGAUCGAUAUCCAUAAAUAGAUUGAAAUGCUAAGUUACGGUGUGUUCUUCCCAUCAGCAGAAACAAGUCUUGCGUACUGCUUUGGUUUUAUUGUGCAUGACUUUGAGCUGUGUUUCUCAGCAUUUUUUUUCUCAAAAUAGAUGUUCUUAGUUACAUAUUUAAGCUCAUUGAAAGGAAUAAACUAAGCAGAUGGAGCGGUGUACUUAAACCCUGUCGCCUCCUUGCAGUUUAACUGUCUAAUAUUAAAGUGCUAUUCACUGUCAUCCCAUUCCACUUCUUUGAAUAAGUCGAUUUUUUUUUCUUUGUCAAUAGAGGGCGCACUUGUUCUUUUAUACUUUAUUCCUAUUCGGCAGUUCUAAUUGAAAACAAGCGAAUGUCGUUUGGACAUAGUCAACAAAAAGUAAACAAAUGCUGAACUGUGCAUCUUAUUUUUUAUCGUAAGUAUACUAAACCUCAGGAAUAUUCAGCUGAUAUAUAGACUUAACUGGACUUUUUUUUUUUUUUUUUUUUUUUUUUUUUGUUCAGAUGUACGAUCUGUGUAGUUUAACCUGAGAAAUGACUGGCAUGUUGGAAAUACUCAUUGCCACCGCUAGAGGGCGCGUUGUUCAACAAGGGAGCUGGGUUUUAAACAGCCGUCAACUCUAAGGCAUGCUUUUUCAGGGAGUGGGAGGGUAAGUCUGAACAAGGGGUAAUAAAAUGACCUUAUUUGGGAUCUGGCAGUCUAAUGAAGUUGGCUUCUGUAAAUAUAACCUUUUUUGUUUUUAAUCAAGGCUAUAAUAUUAAACUACAGUGUCCUGAAGCCCUGUCUGGUUAAGUUGAGGCUAUUGGUAUAGAAAUGUGGAAUGUCCUCCUUAAUAAAUUCAUUCUACAUAUUUGGUCAUGGGAAUCAGUGUUUGAAAAUUUCUUAAUUGAAGAAUUUUGUGGUGAUGGGUUUUUUUUUUGUCCUC